AUGUCUUUUAUUCGGAUUGAUGAAAUUACUCCACACCACAUUUUGGUACAUAAAGACAAUAAUUUUGUACCUUCAUUUUUAAAUAAGGAAUUUGAUAUUGAAAGUGUUUAUCCUUAUAACAACUUCAAUAAUUCAAAAGAGUUAAAUAACUUUAAUGAAACAGCAGAAAAAAUAAAUGUCCAUAGAGAAAAUGAAAGUAUGAGUUGUGGUAAUUAUGAUAAAAAGAAUGACGUAGAUGAAAGUCUACUUAGGCAAUUUGCUCAGUUGAAACCUUCUGCCUCAAAAAAAUAUAAAACGUUAACUAAACCACCUAUUAAUUCUACUGACACUAUUAAUUGGGAAAUACCUGAAAUUUGUAAUGGUAGAAUUGAUGUUGUUUGGCUAUGGGUAAAUGGAAGUGAUCCACAAUGGUUAUAUCAGUACAAACAAUUCAAUAACAGAAUUAAACCUAGUUUUUAUCGAGAUUAUCAGACUUUAUUAUAUUCUAUUAGAAGUGUUUAUAUGUAUGCUCCAUAUGUUAAAAAGUAUCAUAUACUAACUAGUGACCAAGUGCCUUCUUUUCUUCAACAACCAAAUGGUUUAAAGUCGUUUAAAAUUGUUUCAGGAAAUUAUUCAUUGGAAAUAGUUUCUCAUAGACAAGUCUUUGAUAAAAAAAAUAUCCCAACAUUUAAUAGUGAUGCAAUUGAAAGUGUUAUACAUAGAAUACCAGAUUUAUCUGAAUGUUUUAUUUAUUUAAAUGAUGACAUGUUAUUAUCGAGAAACGCACCACCAUCAGUAUGGUUUAAUAAUAAUGAACUACGUUUAUUUACACACCCUAAAUUUCAAUGUCCAAAUAAAAAAAGAAUGAAAAAAAUCGUUUGGGAUAGAAGUCUUGCAUUUACUAACAUUUUAUUAAAUGAUGUUUUCAAUGAACCAAAAACAACCCCACACCCCUACUUAUCUCAUAACUGUUAUUUCCUACAAAAAAGUGUAUUACAAAAAUUAGAAAAUACAUUUGAGCGACAAUACAAUUUUACAAGAGAUUCAAAAGUUAGAAACGAUAGAUCAAUGAAUAUUCCAUAUGCACAUUUUCUAUAUCAUUUACAUAGCCAAUCAGGAAAAGUUCAGCCUGAAGCAGAUUGGUUUUAUUUUGAUAAAUUAACAGAAAAAAGAUUAAAUAAUAUGAUGAUAUUUAAGAAUAUUGAUUAUUUAGAGCCUUAUUGUAUUUGUAUUAAUGACGCAUUUACUAAAGGAAAACGUAUUGUUGACAAAGAAAUAGAAUUUGCAAUACAACAACUAGAAAAAAGAUAUCCAGUGCAUUCACCAUUUGAAAAAGUAAGAUAA